GAAGGAGUUGCUACUCAACUCCAACGGUUUGGAGAAUUACUUUUCGAAAUUGCUGAAAGUCGUUGGAUUCUCCGUUCUAGCGAACAACGUAGAGCACUUGGUGAUUCCGGGGACGUUCCCGAUCUGCAGAAAGAACAAAGCGAAGAAGCAGAAGAAAGGACGGGGAGGUGGUGUCGAGAAGCAGAAAACCAAUAGUGCAACCUAUGCAUUGCAAGUAUGUCUGGGUGUCUGGAAACUUGUGAUGCUGGGUGUCGUAUCAUGAGGAGGCCCCGAGUUGUGCUGACUCAGCAUGAGCAUGACAAGUUUCUGAGCUUCUAGCUGUUCUUGCCUAUUCUGCAUGACAAACUGCGUGUCUGCACGACAGAGAAAUGGGGCUCUUGGGUACUAACGUGCAUGACAGAUUUAAGAGUCAUGCCAGACAAGCAUGGCAAACGUGCACUCUUCCAGACCCAGACAUGUUUGCAUUUGAUACAACUUCUUCUCUCGCAAAUCAAACCGGGAUUUUGUUCGAG